AUGGCCGGUUCUGGUGAAAAGAGAGGCACCCCGCCUGGGUUCUUCAGCGGCCCCAGAGACACCACGUGCUCCACCGGGACCAGGACCAUUCGUCUUCGGGACAUUUAUGACCCCAAGCCUCACCCUCCCAAAGCUCCGGUCCGGAUCCGACCCCCGGGCCCAAGGGCCCCCUCGGUAAAGGAGCUCAACCUAAAGAGCGGCUCGCCCAGCGACCCUCCAACCAAGACGAUCAUGAGGAGACGAGCUCAGUCCCUGCCUUCGUCGGCGGAGAGAACGAAAGAGCUCCGGAGCCUACAGGUGCGCUUCGUGGACUCGCUGGGCCUCGACUUGGAGGACGUGAAGAUCUUCAAAGUUCAGGAGCACCCCUUGAUACCCCAACACGUUAUGUUCCGGCUACUGAUGAGCUCGGAGCUGGCUUUCGGCAAGUCUUUGGAGCUGUCCCUGCCUUACUUCAAACCUUGUUUCCCUGAGAAUGUCGGGGCUCAGCCGGACUUCCUGGAGCGUCUCUGCAAUCAGAGUGUGUGUCUGGAGCAUGUCCUGUGUUCAGAGCAGGGCAUAACGGGCACCAUACGGGUACUCAACUUAGCCUACGAGAAAGACGUCGCAGUGCACUACUCUUUCACCAACUGGAGAACACACACGGUAACUGCGGCGCCGUGGGCUUCGAGUGGGCACCGCGCAGGGUCCGGCGCUCCGGAGACCGAUGUGUUCAGAUUCCGUCUGCCCGUCCCCCCUUUCCUUCUGCAGCCAGGGGCCAUCUUGGAAUUUGCAAUCGGCUACCACGUGCAAGGAUGCCACCACUGGGACAACAACAGCGGACGCAAUUACCAACUGGCGUGCCACAGCUACAAGGUGACCGUGCCGAGGGAGUGCGAGGACAGCAUGCUGCACUUCACCUGA